UAACUCGGAGGUGCGCAUGUGUCAGCCGCUAGUUUCACUCAAAUUUAAUUGGCAUCCGACCAUAAAUCUUUUUUUGAUCGAACACAAACAGCUCGACAUAACGAUAUUGAAAAAUGAAGUACUCUGCUGCUGCUCUCUCCCUGGCAUCGGCCCUAUUGGCCGCCCCCGUUGCCGCACAGCCUGCGAUCUCCGUUCAUGGAAGUGGAACCACCAACCCUUCGAAGUGCUACUGGACAAUCAUGGACCAGAUGCAAAUCCAAUCCAAGAACCCCAUCCGUAUGACUUAUCGCGCCGUGGGAUCCUCUACCGGACAGGCCGAGUUCAUCGGGGAUGGAGUCCUAUCGGACAACAUGUUCGGUAGUGGUGAUAUCCCAUUGAGCCAAGAGAAGUUUGAUUCUCUCGCUCAAGGUAGCUUCUUCCACUUGCCUGUACUCCUCGGAGCGAUUACUUUUUUCCACUCUGCGCCCGUCGGAGACCAGAAACUCAACCUUUCUGCUUGCACCUUGUCCAAGAUUUUCAAGCGCGAGAUCACUGAUUGGAAUGACAGUGAGAUCAUACUCGCCAAUCCAAAUCUCGAUUUGCCAAGACCCGCGCCAAUCACUGUUGCGCAUCGCGUGAAGGGUAGUUCGUCGACCGCAAGUAUUACCCAGUACCUCAACCAAGCCUGUCCCGAGGAGUGGCCUGAGGAACUGGUUGGAAAAACCAUUGACUGGGAUGUUGACACCAUUGGGUGCGAAGGUUCCGGAGGAAUGUCUGCCUGUAUCAAAGACAUUCCCGGAACCAUCGGUUACAUUGACAUGGGUCACGGACAUUCGGAAGGCUUGGCUGAGAUUGAACUGCAGAACGCCGCUCAAAAGUACAUCAGCACCAAAGAAGCUGCUGAACUCGGAGGUAUUAUGGCUGCAGCCGAAAAUGCCGAUCUUCCUGAUACUUUGCAGGGUAGCUUUGCCAACGUCAACCUCUUGAACCAGGUGAGUUUUGUAUAAACUUGAAUCUAUGUGGAAGUCAAACCGAACACAAAGCCGUGUGCAAAUUUUCUUUUCACCCAUACCAAAAAUUGACGUCGAACAUUUCUAUAACUGCGUUCUUCGGUAAUUUCAGGGCGGUUCCAACACCUGGCCUAUCACCGCGAUGACGUAUAUUUAUGUCAAAAAGGAUUUGACCUUCAUCGAGGAUCCUGCUGCCCAGUCAUUGGUAAAGGCCUUCCUUAGAGCUGUUUAUUCCGACGAUUACAUCCCACAAUGCGAAGAAGAAUUUGGUUUCGUCCGCAUCGGCGGUGAACUCCGAGAAAAGGCUCUUGCUGCCAUCGAGACAAUUACCACCUCUCCUGGAGCCCCCGAAUGGUCUUUUGAAAUCGAUACGCAAAAAAAUGCCGGUCAGUCCGACUAUGUCAUCUCUAAAAAGCGCAAAUCGUACAGCGAACUCGAGCAAGACAAGUUGGUAGAAAUGAUGAACAAAAUGUCCUUCCGUAUCGACCAAUUGGAGGCCCAGAAUGCCGCACUCAUGUCCCAAGAAACCGUCUCGGCGACACCCGUGAGCUCGUCACCCGCUAGUUCAAAACCCGCAAGCUCUGAUUUCAUGAAAACCUCUAGCAGCACUGGUGCCUUCGGGACCUUUAUCGACGAAGAGUUGGACGAAGAUCAACAGGUUAAGACCGCCUUGAUCAUGAGUUCUGUCUCGAUCGCACUGUGGGUCGUCGCGGUUCUUGGCAUGAUCGUGAAGUACGCGAGUGGAAGCACUGCUUCUAAGGCAUCCAAACCAGAAGAGAUGAUGGAAGCCGGUAUGAACUGAUGAGGCAAACAGCCACUCAGCCACGAAGAAGAGACUCUUGAGGAAGAAAACGAUCCAAUCCGAUUGAACAGUAUCGAAGGGAAUAAGUUUUUGUUGCGAUGACAGUGUUGGGACGGUUGCAACAAAAUCGGAUGUGCAACGAAGAGUUGUUGGCGUAUUCUACCCAUUUGUCCUUCUUGGCGAAAUCAAACGAGACAUGAUACUAUCAUCAUGACUCGAUAUAAAUAUUUAUGCUCAUUUGUGUUGGGAGAACUAGCAUGGCUGAAUGAAUUCCAGGGCGAUUCCUUUCGAUUAAAACUCCGCGUAGAUCACUGCAUCCUUGGGACGAAAAUGCAACGCUAUCUCUAUUGAAAUUAUAACUUUAAAUAAUCAUUUACGUUCGUU